AUGGCGUUACGAGAAUUACCGUCGACGUUAUGUCGAUUAACAAGAAGGGAAAUAGGAUCAACGCCAAAAUUGAUGGGGAGGACCUGUCGCAGAUAUGCAUCUGGAGAAGCUGUUGCCGCAAAAGAAAUUACGGAAGAUUUCCAAGAUCUCGAAUCGGAAUCUUCAUUUUCUUCAAUAAAUGUGCCAAGUGAUGUGAUUGAUAGUUUCGAUCCUAUAAAGAGAGCACAAGGACGAAUGAGGGAACUUCCUGCCAGUCGAUACCAAUAUCGAUCACCAAGAUACUAUCGAGGACCUCUUCAUCCUCAUCAACCUCCACGAAAAUCCGAUCCUUCUUCUCGAGAAUAUGCCCCGGGUCCAUUUGGUCCCAAUCGUCUCGAACAAACCUACCAAUGUGCCAUCGCCCCGGAUAUCAUGACCAUGGCAUAUGUUCAUAAACCUCCUGGAACCGUCACAAUCCCUAAACCUGAUCGUUUACGAACAUGGGACGAUUCAUCACCAUAUCACAAAGGUAGACCAAAGAGAGGUCCUCGUGGUGGAGAUGUUUUGCGUCUCAUUGAACAAGAUAUCACUUGGCGCAACAUUCCAAAAAUCAAAGAGAUCACCGUACAUACAAUGGUUAAAGGCGCAAUUGGAGAUUCAUCACAUCUACAUGUCGCUGGUAUGUUACUACAAUCAAUUACGGGUGUGAAGACGGGAGUUCAUAAGGCAUCACAUAACGUUGCACAAUGGGGUCUUCGAAGGGGCAUGCCGAUUUCGUUAACUUGUUCUAUAAGGAAUAAUGAUGCAAUGGAAUUUCUUGACAAGUGUAUCAAUGUCGUAUUUCCCAAAAUAAAGGAUUGGGAAGGUGUAAAGGCUUCAACCGGAGAUAGUAGUGGAAAUUUAUCGUUUGGUUUCACUAGAGAAGGAACUAUUCUAUUCCCGGAAGUUCAGAUCAACUACGAUAUGUAUCCACCCAGAUUGAUCCCUGGAUUCCACGUCACAGUCAAAACAACUGCAACAUCUGAUCGUCAUGCUAGACUUUUGCUCGGCGCCAUGGGUGUCCCUUUCUUUGGAAAGGUGGUUGAUUAA